AUGUUCACGGUGACGCCUGAUCGCCCUCAGCGGGUUGAUCUCUCAUCAUACACCAUUCGCCUUGCGAACGUCGCACAAGAGAUCGAGCACUGGCGGGCGUCUUACGUCCAUUGGGGGAGAGGAAAGGAUUGGGCAGUAGAAAAGUGUAAAUCGGAGGGCGAUUGGGGCCGCGAAGGGGGCUUCCGAUGUUGGGUGCUCGUCAGACGAGACGCCGUGGAGGGGCCGAUCUACUCCGGGUGUGAGACUUUUAGACGGAAAGCUUUUCAAAGGGAGAACGGCUCGAAUGAAGUGAGAGACACAUUCUCGUACGCUGUCGCGUCCGUUGUGACGCCUGAACCCCUUCAACGCCAAGGCUAUGCAAGCCACCUCCUUUCUCUGCUACACUAUCUGCUCGGCGAUCCGGUCUCCCUUCCUCCAUUCCCCACCCACCGCUGGGGACCACCUCCUCCCCUUCUCUCGGCAGCAGACCACGCCCAGUUCCCGCCCGGCAUCGCCUCGGUGCUAUUCAGCGAUGUGGGCUCCACUUUCUAUGAACGAGCAACGAUCGGUCUCGAUUGGACGGGCUAUAUCGUUGAGGAAGAAAGCUGUCACCAGGUAACCUGGGAGCUCAAGCACCGACCGGGACCCACCGAGCACCAAUGGGAUUGGAUCUACCUUCGAGAUCUAUCAGCUGUAUCCGGGGAGCUCUCCAGAGGCGCUCGAAAGCGGAUGGAGAGCGCUCAUCCGGACUCUACCACCUCGGUCUGGGCACCCGAUCCGGCAUCGGACGGAACGCUAGCCUUCGUCCCUACCACAGCGGUGUGGUGGCGCUCCAACCCCACCUCCGUCCUCGAGGCGGAAAUAUGCGGAGUGCGUCUUCCGGCCAUCAAGGCGGAUCAAGAGGAAGCGAUCGUGCUCUUUACGGCCGGCCAAGCGCUCAUCGGGGACGCCAUGCUGGUUACUUACGUCCACAAUCUCGAUGCGGACCAACUGCCGCUCCUAAACGAGGCGCUGGACGAGGUAGGCUCGCGGAUGGGGCUGAAGGAAGGUUGGAUAUGGGGCCUAGAGCAAGCAAGCGAGCUGGGCAAGGCGUGGAUGAGCUUGAGUGGGAGGAAGGUCAAGGCGGGUAGGAGGGAUGAAACGAUGGGGCAUCUGCUUGGCGUGGCAUGGUAUGGCACACCAGAGAGUCGAGGGGAGCUGGCAGACAGUGCGAUGUGGACCUGGUGUUAG